AACACAGCCCAAGUUGAGAAGCAAAGGCAAACCACUAAUCCAAUCCUUCCUGAGAGCCUCCGCCUCCCGAUCCGACCGGGCCCGUCCCUACCCAUGGCCGCACCGCCGCUCGCACGUCCGCCGCUGCCGCGGGCCCCACUUCGCUCCGCUCCCUCCGUCCGGCUAGCCCCGCGCGGCCGUCUCCGGGCGACGGCGGCCAGCGGUGGGGGCGCGGCCGGGCCCGUGCUCCGCACCUGCAAGAACUGCAAGCAGCAGUACGACUCGGCGGCGAACCACCCCUCAGCCUGCCGCUACCACACAGCCCACUUCGGAGGAGAGACAAAGAGAAAAUUUGAGAGUGUUUAUGCUGGUGGAACCAUGGAUACACCGGAUUCAGGCAAAGUGUUCCAGUAUUGGCAUUGUUGUGGGUCGGAAGAUCCAUUUGAUGUGGGCUGGGAAAAUGGAUGGAUGCUUUAAAUAGGUCAGGUCUUCUUGUUUAGCUUCUUUAUUACUUGGAAGUCGAAUGCCCCAUCAGGAUAUGUACAGUGAUUGUUUGGUUUCGUAAAUGAGAUAGACCAUGUCAGUCUGCUCUCCACUACAAAAUGAGUGUCAGUUGUGUCUUUGUUCUGUUCCUUCCACCCAGUUUACGUAUUUUCUAGAGAGAUUCAGGGCUUAAUACUUCCGCAAAGUGUAUUCUGUAUUACAAUAUGCACAUGAAAAUUCAGUAAUCAUCAUAAAUUGCUGAUAUUCUCUUCCAUUGGUUUAUGCAAAUGGAUUUUUCGUAGGGUUGAACAAACAGAGGAUGCACUUGAUGCAUUAUGUAGUGUGUUCUAUACAAUGUAUCAGAUGUAAAGCUUUGCUAGCGAGUGAUUCUUGGUUCCAUUGUUUCUUGCCUUCUUUCUGGGGAUCUCAACUUGCCUUUGAUAACUUAAUGCUUUCUUGUCAGGCAGACAAGAGGUCAUUUUAUAUAAUGAAAACAUUCUUCUUUUUUAUAUUCUUUCCUAUCAAGUUUACCCACAACAA